AAUACGGUAGAUGGACAACGGACAAAACAGUGACUUACACAGGAAGUAAAGUUUAAUCAGAAGGUUUGCUCAGUUUGACAACAAUACCACAACACUAUACUUGUGGAUUAGAUAUUUAAUCUUAAAUUGAUUGAAAACGUAUUUAAAGUAAAAAUGCUGAUCAAGGUUAAGACUCUCACUGGCAAAGAAAUAGAGAUCGACAUUGAGCCCACAGACAAGGUGGAGAGAAUUAAAGAAAGGGUGGAGGAGAAAGAGGGGAUUCCACCUCAACAACAAAGACUAAUCUACAGUGGAAAACAGAUGAACGAUGAGAAGACAGCUGCAGACUACAAGAUCCAGGGAGGCUCAGUGCUGCAUCUGGUCCUGGCGCUAAGAGGGGGGCUAGUCUGCCACUGUUCCAGCAUACACCUCAUCUCCUAGUGGGCAGUGGGCAGAGUUUGUCAUCGUCACACCAUGUUGCAACACAGAGCAGCAAUGUGGACUGCUGUAAUUCCUCUGUUUUUGUAACCACUGUUGGAAUUUAAGCAAGUGGGACACUGAGUUUUUUUUGGCUUGUGAAUAAAAGGUGAAAUGUA